AUGAAUAAAUUCGAAUUGCCAUCAAAUUUGAGAAUUUCAAAUUUUUUAUAAAAUGAAAUAACAAAAACAGAUAAAUAUGUUAAAUAACAUGUAAGGGUGUCUAUAAAUUUUAAUUUUAGGAGAAAGAAUUAAACACUCUCCAAAAAUACUCAAAAAUAAUUUCAUAGAACUGUCAAUCCAAUAAAGAGAAAUUAUCUCAAUUAUUUUCAAAAUAAUUUGAACUUGAUUAAUAGAUGAAGCAGAAAAGUAAUCAAGUAAUUAAAUUUGUAUUUAAUUUAGUUGAAAUAAAAGAGGUAUCUGUAUGAAUAAAGUUAUCUUUAAUAAUAAAAAGAGAGGAAUUAUUUACAAGAAUUGGAUUCGUAUUGGAGUUAUUAAUAAAACUUUUAUCCGAAUCUUGAUUAGAUGUCAGACUCAGUCGAAAAAUCUCGAUAACAAUUAAUUUAAUUUUAUGAACAUCUAUUAUCUUUAGAAGAAAAUUAAUUAGAUAGGAAUUAAAUAAAAUAAAAAAUAUUUUAAUUGAGAGAUGCAUAAGUAAAUUAUUAAAAAUAUUUGCAAGAUUAAGUAUAACAAAUUUAAGAACAUAGAAAGUAAAAUUAAAAAAGCUGAAUAAUUAAGAACAGAGAGAUUAGAUACUUCAGUAGAAAAAUUAAAGAAACAUGAAUAACAUAUUUAAGAUGUUAUGUAUCAGAACUAAAUUUUAAGUGAAAGAAAGUCUGAUCAUUUUAAAAAUAAAAUGGAUAUUUUGAAGGAGAAACUUCACUUGUCUGAAUUAGAAGAAGAAUAGAAAAGAAUAGAAUAAGUUUCAAAAACAAUAGAAAAAGAUAAUCAUAGAUUAAAAGUUAAUUUACUAAUUAUGAUAGGUAAAAGUAAAUAGUGAAAAAAUAAAUCAAAAAAAUGAUUCGAUUCAUAUGAGUAAUUUAGAAGAUAAAUUAAUUAAAAUUAACUAAUUAGAAAAAAUAAGAUAAAUUAUAAAAAAAGGUAGACUUUAAUUAGCCAACAAUAUGUAAUUGUAGAAAAAUGAAAUUGUUUUUCAAAUAGACAACAUUAGAAAUUCCUCUUUGUAGUCAAGUAUUUAUAAAAGUUAAUUUUUAUAUAAUUGA